AUGCCAAAAUCAUUUGCAGUUUUAGGAUUUCUCGUCAUCUUCACUAUUACUUCGUUUUGUGCACAUUCAGUUGAUGUUACUAUGCAAUAUGAUUUAGACUAUGAGGUGGGAGGUAUUUGGUCAAACGAAAAAGUUGUUACUGUGCAAAAUGAUAUAGAUCCAAAAAUAGCUUUAAAAAUCCAUUGUUGGUCAAGCGAUGAUGAUUUGGGUGAGCAUACACUAAAUUACAAACAAAAUGUCAUAUGGAAGUUUAAAGUUAAUUGGAAGAGAACUACUAAAUUUGUAUGUGAUUCAAGUUGGUCUAGUGCUGAUGGUGGAUACCACAGUGUAAAGUUUAGCGCUUACCAAGCAAAAAGAGAUUGGAAGAAACAUUGUAGAAAUCAUUGUAAUUGGAGCCUUCGUCAAGAUGGUGGCUAUUAUGGGGGUGGUUGGCCUGAACCGGAUGACGAGAUUCCCUUUCAGAAGAUGUUCCCUUACUAA